GUCUGUAAUAAACGAGAAAAGCGUCUUUCCGAUCCCGUUCUGGAGAAAUACAUCAUCGGCGUGGUUUUUGACACCAUCAACGCCUUCUUCAGCUCCCCUUUCUCUGAAAACAGCACUUCUCUGCAGACUCACCACACCAUCGUGACUCAGCUGCUUCAGUCGUCUGUCAGGCUGCUGGACUGUCCCUGGUUGCAGCAGCAGCACAGAGGGCAGGUGGAGGCAUGCAUCAAGACGCUCGCUGUGACAGCUAAGAGUCGCUCCAUCUCUGUGCCUUUGGAACUGGAGGCUCAGAUCAACACCAUGCUGUCCACUUCAGCUUUGAACUCUUUGUCGCGCACCAAUCCAAACUACAAAUCCUCCUCCCGCCACGUCCGCCCUAGCGCUCCUACCAACCCCUGGGACUACAAGAACAUCAUCGAGAAGCUGCAGGACAUCAUAAACACUCUGGAGGAGCGUCUGAAGCCACUGGUGAACGCUGAGCUUUCGGUGUUGGUGGAUGUCCUCCAUCAGCCGGAGCUGCUGUUCCCUGAAGGAACCGACAUCCGACAGCGCUGUGAGUCCGGAGGAUUCAUUUCCAA